AUGGAACGUGAUGAGAAGCACAAGGAUGAGCACAAUCAUGAACACAAGCAUGAACAUAAUCAUGAACACAAGCAUGAACAUAAUCAUGAACAUAAUCAUGAACAUAAGCAUGGACACAAGCAUGAAGAUGGACACAAGCAUGAAGAUGGACUUGAUGGAGAAGAAAAGGGAGUAGAUGAGGAUGACAAGAACUCAGAAGUGCUUGAAGUUAAACCAUCAGGAACGACGGAGACCACAAAUAUGCCAUUUUUUGGUCUUUUGAACUCAGAGCAAUCUGCUUAUUUCAGGCAGGCAGAAUCUACAUUGAAUUUGGACACAUUUGACAAUGCAGAGGCCAAACGCGCAUUUGUGGACAGUGUUCUAGAAGAGGCCAAAGGUAACGAGUUAAAGUUGGCCACGAACCAAAUUUGCUCGAAGUUAAUGGAAAGAUUGAUUCUUUUGAGCAAUGAACGAGAAAUGCGGCAGAUUUAUCAUGGAUGUAAGGGAUUUUUCUAUCAGCUAUGUAUCCAUAAGUAUGCAUCUCACGUGAUGGAGGCUUUUUUGGUGAGAACCGCUUCCAUGGUGGAAAAAGAGAUGCUUGGACAUAAAGAUGGGAAUAAUUUAGAUUCUGAGGACGAGGAUUUCACGUCAAUGGAGGGAAUAGUUCUUGAGAUAGUGAAGGAGAUGCAACCUAAAUUGAAAAGUUUGGCAAAAGAUAGGUACGGAUCUCAUGUGCUCAGACUAGUUCUCCUUAUAGUUGCAGGUAAAAAAUUACCAUCUUCAAUCGAGUCUAAUUCGUUAUUACGGUCUAAGAGAUCGAAAAUCGCCAGAAAAAUGGUGGAAAUCGAGGAUAAUGAAGAUUACGAACGGAACUUUCAAGUACCAUCCUCAUUUGCCGAUGCAUUGAGUAACAUAGUGACCCAAAUGAUUGAUGGAGAAACAACGGAGUCUCUUAGAGAGGUGGCCAUUGAUCCUGUGGCAUCUCCUGUGCUUCAGCUUUUGAUUCAACUUGAGGGUAAAGUGAGCAGAGAAAGACCAUAUUGGAACAUGACGUUUGCACGUGCGGACGAACCCAAAAAUGAUAAAGAGGGGGCAUUUAUGGAGUACUUAUUGUCUGAUCCGGUGGGCUCACAUUUCUUGCAGACUGCGUUGUCCAAUCAGAAGAUGAAGAAUAUCAAUAGAGUGUACAGAUUCUACAUGUUAGAUCGAGUUGGUAAGUUGGCAAAAAGGGAAACGACAGGUUCUUUCGUUGUGCAGACUUUACUUGAAAAGUCGAAACCAAAGGACCAGGAAGUGAUCUUAGAUGAAUUGGUUCCGAUUUUAAACGAAUUGAUUGUGAAUAAUUUUGGCCUCGGUGCCAGUAUUGUGGACUGUUCUGAGAGGAACAAUGAUUACUUAAAAAAAGAGAUUGUGGACAAGUUUUUUGAAUUUUUCAAUAAGACUGUUAACGGAGAGAGAAUGGAUGAUACGAGCAUUUUAGAGAAUUUACUUCAGCUUAGUCGAUCCACUCUAUUUUCUGUUAAGGACGACUGGCCAACCUCGGAAGAGAGAAGAAGAGCACUUUUUCUGGAAAAAUUGAUUGAUUACGAUGACAGAUUUCUUCGGGCAUGUGUGGAAGGCUUGAUGGGGUUGGCAGAGGUCGCUAAGCCUCAAAAGAAUUAUGCAAGAGAGAGAAACAAGAUAAAUGAAUCUGAAACGAGCGAGGUGGAACCAAAAGAUGAGAAAGAUGAAACAGAUGAAACAGAUGAAACAAAGGACAUUAAUUCUGUGGAAUCAGAGUCAAACAUGCUAAUCGAGAUUUGUAAGCAUGGAGUAUUCUCACACAUAGUAGAAAGCUGCAUAGCAAAACCAGAAAGACUAGAGAUGGUGACCAAAAAACUACUUUUGAAUCUUUUAGUGGGUCACGUGAUUGAGCUUGCAUGCAAUGCACAAGGCUCGCACAUUGUGGAUAAGCUAUUCGAACUAACGUUCCGAUUAAACAUGUACAAAGAUCGGAUUGCUAAGAAAUUAGUAGAUAACGAGGAUUUAGUGAAGAGAACAGUUUAUGGACGACAAGUUUGGAAAAAUUGGAAGAUGGAUCUUUAUGCUAGACGAUUUGGCGAAUGGAAGAGAAUGGUUAAGCAGGAGGAGAUCGAUAAAAAGGUCCAGAAAGGUGUAGACAUCGGAUUAGCCAAUAGAAAGCGUGGAUUUAAUGGUCAGGGACCUUCGAAAAGACUUCACAGGUGA